GGAGCAGUCAAGCCGCGCACGCAGCAGGGAGACGGAGAGAGGGAGGCAACGCACCGCAACGAGGGCGAAGCUGCCGCGCCGCGCGAGAUCUGGGCGAAGGCGCGCGAGGGAAACGGGAGGGAAACCGACAAAAACCUUCGCCCGCAGGAAGCGGUUGCCGCGUCCGCCCAGAUCUCGCCCGCGGCCCUGCCCCGCUGGAUACCGGCGGCGCACCGGCGCGGCCGCGCGAUCCGAUGAGGCGGCGGCCGUUCCUGGACCAGCGGCGGCCGCUGUCGUUCAAGCGCCGGUGGCAGCAGCGCCCGUGGUGGGCGCGCCUCGCGGUCUCGCUCCUCCUCGCGCUCGCGUGCCUCUUCCUCCUCCUCGCCCUCCGGGGCUCGCCCGACCCCGACCCGGUGGUGUUCCCCUCCACCGGGUCGUCCAGAUCCGCGGCCACCUCCUCCCCUCUCCUCCGUCAGAGAUCUUACCUGGAUGGCGUUACGGAUGCGUUCAACAUGACCGAUGAAAUGCUGAGUGCUCACUCGAUCUCAAGGCAACUUAUGGACCAGAUUUCUCUUGCAAAAACUUAUGUUGUUGUUGCAAAAGAAGCCAACAAUCUGCAGUUUGCUGCAGAACUUAGUUUGCAAAUACGGCGGGCACAGAGCAUCCUUGCGCAUGCUGCAGCUCAUGGUGGCACAGUAAUGGAGCAGGAUGCGGAGAAGGCAAUUAGGGACAUGUCGGUGCUGUUCUUCCAGGCACAGCAGUUCCGCUAUGAUAGUGCCGUUACAAUCAUGAAGUUGAAGGGUCAGAUUCAAUCCCUAGAGGAGAAGUCAAAGGCUGAGGCAGAAAAGAGCACGAAAUAUGGGCAGAUUGCUGCCGAGGAGCUUCCAAAGGGGCUUUACUGCCUUGGAGUCCGGUUAACCAUUGAAUGGUUCAAGAGUACUGAGCUUCAGAGAAAGUUCACUGAGAAGAGCCCAGCAGUACAGAGCAACCUAAGGGAUAACAGCCUCUACCAUUACUGUGUUUUCUCAGAUAACAUCCUUGCUGUGUCUGUUGUCGUCAAUUCUACAACUCUAAAUUCAAUGCACCCUGAAAAGAUUGUUUUUCACUUGGUGACUGACGAGGUGAAUUAUGCUCCCAUGAGGGCGUGGUUUGCGCUGAAUGAUUACAGAGGAGCCACUGUUGAGAUACAGAAGGUAGAAGAUUUUACCUGGCUAAAUGCAUCAUAUGUUCCUGUUCUUAAACAGCUCCAAAAUGCUGCUACCCAGAACUUCUACUUUUCUGGCAGUGGUAAUCGAGGAACACCAAUCAAAUUCAGGAAUCCUAAGUACUUAUCAAUGCUCAACCACCUGAGAUUUUACAUCCCAGAAAUAUAUCCUGAAUUGCGUAAGGUCGUAUUUCUUGAUGAUGACAUUGUUGUCCAAAAGGACCUAUCAGAAUUGUUUACCAUCAACCUCAACGGGAAUGUCAUGGGAGCUGUAGAAACUUGCAUGGAGACAUUUCACAGGUUUCAUAAGUAUCUUAACCAUUCCCAUCCUCUAAUUCGUGCCCAUUUUGAUCCUGAUGCCUGUGGCUGGGCAUUUGGUAUGAAUGUUCUUGAUCUUGUGGAGUGGAGAAAAAAUAAUGUGACCGGUAUAUAUCAUUAUUGGCAGGAGCGCAAUGCUGAUCAUACCCUAUGGAAACUUGGAUCUUUACCGCCUGGGCUUCUUGCUUUCUAUGGCUUGGUUGAGGCAUUGGACCCCAAAUGGCAUGUCUUGGGACUAGGCUACACGACAGUUGAUCCUGCUACUAUCAAGGAAGGUGCAGUGUUGCACUACAAUGGAAAUAUGAAGCCAUGGCUGAAAAUUGGGAUGGAGAAGUACAAGGGCUUUUGGGAUAGUUAUGUAGAUUAUUCACACCCUCUGCUACAGCGGUGCUUCACGCACUAAUGAAUGUAUAUCAACAUUAGAGGUUUUUUGUGACCUUCCUAGUGGAAAUACUUCGAUGCCUUAUUCAACAGCCACAUAUGAACACAGUAACAGAACUGAUUGACUUUGUCCUCUAAGUUACGUCCUCAGAUUAGACAUGGGCAGCCGUUUGUACUAGUUGAUGAAGUACAGCAACCACAGAUGUGACUGGCCACAGGUAAACAGCAGAAGAGCCAAGAUUCCCAUGGAAUAGGCUGCUAUUUGAGCAGCAUCCAUUACAUACAUUCAUAACAUGUAACCACCAGUGUAAUUUUUUCAAUUUUGAUUUUUUUUUGGGUGAGACAAAAUUGAGGGCAUAAUUGUAGAUUUGAUUUAAAAUUCUUGAGUUGUCACAGCAAGUUUUGAAAUAUAUAUUUAUUGGAUGUUCAGAGCAAAUCAUAAUUAUCUUUUA